GGCACUGGUGGGUGGCACUGGUGGGCACAGGCGGGUGGCACUGGUGGGCACACGUGGGUGGCACUGCUGGGCACAGGUGGGUGGCACUUCUGGGCACAGGUGGGUGCACUGAUGGGCACAGGUGGGCGCACUGCUGGGCACAGGUGGGUGCACUGCUGGACACAGGUGGGCGGAACUGGUGGGUGGCACUGCUGGGCACUGAUCAUCAGGGCACUGAUCAUCGGUGCCGAUCCCUGCUCUGACAACUGCUGGUUCUCGGCAGUACUUUCCUCAUGCUCUGACAGCGUGAGGAAAGUGCAGCCGAGAACUGGCAAUUGC